AUGGCAGGUUUAAAGUUCAAUUUGGUGGUGAUGAUGGUGCUCAUGCAGUUUCACGGCAUGGUGGCUCAGACUACACAUGUGGUCGGCGACGCCUUGGGGUGGAAUAUUCCACCCAAUGGACCUUCUGAUUACAACACCUGGGCAUCAACUCACACAUUCAAAGUUGGCGAUGUUCUUCUCUUUAACUUCAUCACCGGAUUCCAUAACGUUGCUGAAGUUUCGGGGGCGGCUUACUGCCCAUGCACCACCGCCAACCCCAUCUCCAUCGCCACCACCGGCCCCGCUAGAGUCACUUUAAACACACCUGGCAUACACUAUUACAUCUGCACCGUUGGAACUCAUUGCCAAAUUGGUCAAAAACUAACCAUCAACGUCUCCGCCACGUCUGCCACCCCUCUACCACCACCAUCGUCCGCUACUCCCGCAUUUGUUUCUCCACCCACACUUUUUUCUCCACCCACAGAAGGCACCAUUCUACAACCGCCAUCACGCAGUUUUGGUUCAUCUUUCACCGCUGUGAUACCCUUCAGUUUCUUGGGGAUCGCUUUAGCUUUCUUUUAUUAG